GCACAAAAAUAAGUGCAAGGACACAAGAAUUAUAACAAUUAGAUAAAACAAAAAAGAAAAAAAGAAUUAGAGAAAGGAAGAGAGCAUUAUUACAAACCCCCUCCCGUAAUCAUGUGUGAGUCAGUUCCAGCUAAUUUAGAAGGCGGUCGGGCCAUGAUCAUUGGGUGUACCGGAUUCAUUGGCCGUUUUGUGGCCGAAGCGUGCCUGGACUCUGGUCUCCCCACCUAUCUUCUAGUACGGCCCACCCAAAAUUCAACUUCAAAUAAGGCUGCUACCAUCAACUUCCUUCAAAGUAAAGGAGCUGCUAUUAUUCACGGUUGCAUUGAGGACCAACAAUUGAUGGAGAAAAUUCUGAAAGAGUACAAGAUUGAAGUUGUCAUAUCAGCUAUUGGUGGCCAGGGCCUUUUGGACCAACUCAUUUUGGUUCAAGCUAUUAAAGCUGUCGGCACAAUCAAGAGGUUCCUACCAUCGGAGUUUGGACACGAUAUAGAUAGAGUUGAUCCAGUGGAGCCGGGACUAAGUGUAUAUAAUGAGAAAAGAAGAGUGAGAAGGGCAGUAGAGGGAGCUGGAAUCCCCUACACCUACAUCUGUUGCAAUUCCAUUGCUGCUUGGCCAUACCAUGAUAACACCCACCCUGCUGAUGUUCUCCCACCCUUGGAUCACUUCCUUAUCUACGGUGAUGGCACUGUCAAAGCUUACUUUGUGGCGGGUUGUGACAUUGGAAAAUUCACUGUAAAAGCAAUGAAUGAUGAUAGAACAGUGAACAAAACUGUUCAUUUUCGACCACAAGGCAACUUGUUUGAUAUGAACGAGCUUGCUUCUAUGUGGGAACGCAAGUAUGGACGCAUUCUUCCCAGAAUCGUUAUGACAGAUGAUGAUCUUCUCACCGCUGCUAAAGAUUUGCCCAUUCCAGCAAGCGUUGUUGCGUCUUUUACUCAUGACAUUUUCAUAAAAGGAUGUCAAAUUAGUUACUCCUUGGACAAGCCUUCAGAUGUUGAAGUCUGCUCUCUCUACCCAGAAACACCAUUUCAAUCAGUCGACUCCUGUUUCGAUGAAUUCGUCCAAAAGAUCCUUGAUGUUGCUAAAGCUAACUAGAUGGCAUGAUGUCUUAAUCAGUUCAUAGAGGAGUAAUUGACAAAAUAUUCUUUUUUUUUAAUAUCACUUUGCACAAUAUAAUUUCUUUUUCAUAAUUAUUAUUUGCAAAAAUGACCAACCAAACUCAACACCGUGUUUGACAUACUACUUGUUUAGAAAGUCAUUUUGCAAAUAGUUAUGAAAAUAAAGUUAUUUCACAAAGUGAUAUUAAAAAAUAUGUAUUUUUAUUAAUUACUCUAUAAAAUAUAUAUACUAUUUGAUGGUAUGAAUAAUUUAAGGCAUACAUACACUUGUGUUAUAUUGCUACAUUGUAUUAAUAUGUUACAUAUAAUAAUAAAUUACAAUAAUAUUUGAUUUU